AUGUGGGUUUUUGAAGCCUGUUUGAUUGGUUUCUGUGUUACUGUCAGCAGGCACAAACAUCUGAGGUCCCUUCCUAAGCAAUCCUAUUGCAAUACAACCAUCAAGACUAUGUGCUGAGGUGUCAUGUUACAGGUUGUCUGCUUUAAAAUAACAGCAGCCCUGAGCAUUGGAGUCAGUUUUUAAAACUGCCCUGCUAUUGGUAGGAACAGGACAGGAUUACAGCCAAGACUUCCCUGCAUUUUCUGCCAAAAUCUGUGUCAGAUUUAAGACACAUGCUUCUGCAAGCUUCCAUGAAGGUUGUGAAAAAAAGUUUUAAUCCAGAGUUGGGUUCCAGCUUUCUGUAGCUGCAAGCCUUGGAGGCUGCUCCACCUCCCUACAAAGCAACUAGAACCUAGGGCUUAGGGUGGAGAGAUUUUUAAUUUUUUUAAAAUUUGCUGGACAUGAAAUGAAUGUAGAAUGCUUUCUAACUUCAGGUUGGAGAUAUGAUCACCUCCUGAUUAUUUUUGGAGCAUGAGAACAUUUUAAAACUUUUUUAUAAAUCCCCCCCACUAGGAUUGUGAAAAAAAAAAAAAAGGACCUUGCCUAAUUGAAGUCAUUUCAUUGGAUUUUGAUCACAACUGAUCGCUUUUCCAUGUGAGGUUCUGGGGGUUUGAACUUCUUCUGGAGAAUGCCUUUUGAAACCAUUUUUUCUCUAGCUGCCUGAUGUCAACUGCGUAGUAAUCAGUGGAUAUUAAAAUAUUCAAAAUGUACAGAGAGUGGGCAGUGGUGAAUAUUUUCAUAAUGUCUUAUGUGCAACUGGUGCAGGGCUUCGGUAAUGAACAUGGACCAGUGAAGCGGUCAUCUCGAUCAAUGUUAGAACAAUCUGAACAGCAGAUUAGGGCCGCUUCCAGUUUGGAGGAGCUACUUCGAAUAACACAUUCUGAGGACUGGAAACUAUGGCGGUGCCGGCUGAAGCUGAAAAGUUUUACCAGUAUGGAUACUCGCUCAGCAUCCCAUCGAUCCACCAGGUUCGCGGCAACUUUCUAUGACAUUGAAACACUCAAAGUUAUCGAUGAGGAGUGGCAAAGAACCCAGUGCAGCCCUAGAGAGACAUGCGUGGAGGUUGCCAAUGAGCUGGGGAAGAGUACCAACACGUUCUUCAAGCCCCCUUGCGUGAAUGUGUUCCGAUGUGGUGGCUGCUGCAAUGAAGAGAGCCUCAUCUGUAUGAACACGAGCACCUCUUACGUUUCCAAACAGCUCUUUGAGAUAUCGGUGCCUUUGACAUCAGUGCCUGACUUAGUGCCUGUUAAAGUUGCCAAUCAUACAGGUUGCAAGUGCUUGCCAACAGCCCCCCGCCACCCAUAUUCAAUUAUCAGAAGAUCCAUCCAGAUCCCAGAAGAAGAUCGCUGUCCCCAGUCCAAGAAGCUCUGUCCUAUGGAUAUGCAAUGGGAUAACAACAAAUGUAAAUGUGUUUUACAGGAAGAGAAUCCACUUGCUGGAACAGAAGAUCAAUCUCAUCUCCAGGAACCGGCUCUCUGUGCACCACACAUGAAAUUUGAUGAAGAUCGUUGCGAGUGUGUCUGUAAAACACCGUGUCCCAGAAAUCUCAUCCAGCACCCAGAAAACUGCAGUUGCUUUGAAUGCAAAGAAAGUCUGGAGAGCUGCUGCCAGAAGCACAAGAUAUUUCACCCAGACACCUGCAGCUGUGAGGACUGGUGCCCUUUUCACACCAGAACAUGUGCAAGUGGAAAACCAGCAUGUGCAAAACAUUGUCGCUUUCCAAAGGAGAAAAGAGCUGCCCAGGGACUCCACAGCCAAGAGAAUCCUUGAUUCAACUUUGCUCCAGUUCCCCAUCCCUGUCAUUUUAAAUAUCAUGCUGCUUUGCCAAAUUGCUGUCACUGUCAUUCCCCUAUUUUACAUAGUGCCACAGUGAAUCCAAACCAGCCUUCCAUUGACACCAGCUGAGAAUUUCCUGGUUCAUUUACAGAUGACUUCUAGCUGCACAUACCUCUGCACAUCCAAGAAUGGAGAAGAGGGCUCCCGAGGAACCCAAGUUUUGGUGCAUGAGAAAGGUUUGCUUGUCAUGGAAUGACAGGUACCAUGUGAUUGAUUACUCGGAGCAGAUGAGGAAAACUGCAGCGGCUGAGUCCUUUGCUAAGUGCAACUUUUGUGAAUUAUUCUGAUUCUUUCUUAUGCAGAAUUUCAUUUGUAUGAUCAGCACUGAAUUUCUAAUUCCUGACCAGCUUGUAGUUUUUGAGUUUACAGAACUACUGUCUGAUGUUUCAUAUUUAAGGGUAUUUAAAGGAAAUAAACACCAUUAUUCAAGCCAUAGAAUUUUGUGUUUUGUUU